AUGGAGAAACGACGCAAGGCCAUCGUGAUCAGCGGGUUCGCCGCUCGACUAUUGGUCAUGGGAGCCUUGGUGGCACAGUUCUACGAAGCACAAAGCUUAAAGACACAUCCUCUUGACUGGACUUUUCAUGCCUGGAAAUACCUCCUAACUCUGGUGUUUGUGCAGGGACUCAGCAUCAUCACAGUCUGCAUCCCCUACAUCAGGAACUUACUCCUGGGUAUGGAGUCAGGCAUGAUACAGACCGGCCACUUCAGACUGCCGAGCAGGCACGGCACUGACACGGAGAUUCCCUUCGACCAGUCACUACCGGCGAUACAAGGACCAAAUUGUCCAGCAACACCGGCGCAAGCGUCGAAUAUCCUGCUACCCAUGAUGGAAAGAAGGGUAUUCAUGUCUGAAGAGGAGAGUAACUGGGGUAAUCACACGAUCUGGAAGGCGACACGAAACGAAGCCUACACCAAUCUUUAA